AUGGAGACUGAUGAAAGGAGUUGUGAGAAGGUCUUCUCAAAUGGAGAUAUAUAUCUUGGUAAUUUCAAGGGGAUGCUUCCGCAUGGAAAUGGUAAAUAUACUUGGUCAGAUGGAACAAUUUAUGAUGGUGACUGGGAAGAAGGGAAAAUGACAGGGAAAGGUAAGAUAUUUUGGUCGUCGCAGGCUACAUAUGAGGGUGAUAUUGCUGGGAAUUACCUCCAUGGUUUUGGAACUUUUUCUGCUUCUGAUGGGUCCAUAUACAGAGGUUAUUGGAAUAUGAAUUCUCAGCAUGGCAUUGGAAGGAAGCAAUAUCGGAACUCGGACAUUUAUGAUGGUUGUUGGAGAGAAGGAGUACGUGAAGGCAGUGGUAGGUAUGCAUGGAGCGAUGGAUACUCAUAUAUUGGAAAUUGGAAGAAAGGGAAAAUGUCUGGUAGAGGGGUUAUGAGAUGGUCCAAUGGUGAUCUUUUUGAUGGCUUCUGGUUGAAUGGGUUAAGACACGGUUCAGGCUUCUAUAGAUUUGCUGAUGGAAACUAUUAUUUUGGGACAUGGACCAAAGGGCUGAAGGAUGGACGUGGAAUAUUCUAUCCUGCUGGAAGUAAGCAUCUAAAUGAGCAUAAUCUUGAGGGACAGGAAGACAAGAAGACAAAGAUGCUAUCACAUAGUUCGUCAUUAGAUUCGGAGGACUCUGUAAUACCUAGUGUGAAGCGUAGUCUUUCUGAUAAAAUUUCACAUAGUUUUCUAAGACGUUCAGGACGCAUGUCACAUAAAACUAUAUCCCUGGUUUCUGAUUUGGGCUCUAAUGAUUCUACUAGAAAAAUUACAUCAUCCUUAUCUCGCAGCUUGCGAGAUGGUCAAAGUGAGUUGCAAGAUAAUAGUGCUGUGGCUUAUGAGAGGGAAUAUAUGCAAGGAGUCCUUAUUAAGGAAAGAACUAGAAAUAUAUCCAAACAAUCCCAUAAAAACAAGCAACAUCUCAAAUUUGCGAAAGAGGUCCAAAGGAGCUCAUGUGUGAACAUUUUUGAUUCCCACAGGAGCUAUUACCUAAUGCUUGGCUUGCAGCUUGGUAUCAGGUACACUGUAGGCAAGAUCACACCCGUUCCUAUGCGUGAAGUGAGAUCAUCUGAUUUUGGAGAGCACGCCAGAAUAAGAAUGUAUUUUCCAAGUAAAGGUUCCCAGUUGACUCCUCUGCACAAUUCAGUUGACUUUUUCUGGAAGGACUACUGUCCUAUGGUCUUCAGGAAUUUGAGAGAGAUGUUCAAGUUGAAUGCUGCGGACUAUAUGAUGUCCAUCUGUGGCGACGAUGGACUGAGAGAGCUAUCUUCUCCAGGGAAAAGUGGAAGCCUUUUCUAUCUUUCCCACGAUGAUAAAUUUGUGAUUAAGACAUUGAAAAAGUUUGAGCUGAAGGCUCUAAUCAAGAUGCUCCCACACUACUAUGAACACGUACGGGAGCACGAGAAUACUCUUAUAACUAAAUUCUUUGGGGUGCACAGGAUAGCACUAAAACAUGGGAAAAAGGUCCGCUUUGUAGUCAUGGGAAAUAUAUUUUGCACAGAAUUACGCAUUCAUCAUCGUUAUGAUUUGAAGGGUUCAUCUCAAGGGAGAUAUACAAAGAAAGACGAGAUUGAUGAGAGCACCACACUGAAAGAUCUUGACUUGACAUAUGAGUUUCAUAUGGACAGAUUAUUGCGUGAGUCACUUAUGAGACAACUAUCUCUAGACUCUUUAUUUCUAGAAUCUCAGGGGAUCAUGGACUACAGUCUUCUAUUGGGGUUGCAUUUCAGAGCUCCUGAACAUCUAAAAUCUCUGUUAGAGCCUUCUGAUUCACUGCAUACACCUGAGAGUUCAGUUACCAAUGUUGAUGGUGUGAUCUCUUCAGGGGAGCUCUUGAUUCCUCCGAGUGGUUUGGUUUUAGUAACCCAUGAACCUAGCUCGGUCAGCACUCUACCUGGUCCACACAUUCGAGGAAACACUUUGAAGGCAGUCUCGAUUGGUAACAAGGAAGCUGAUCUUCUUUUGCCUGGUACUGGAAGGUUAAGGGUGCAAUUAGGCGUACAUAUGCCGGCUCAAGCAAAUCACAGGAUUGUACAGGACAAUACAGACUCAACUGAAGUUGAACUUUUUGAAGUUUAUGACAUUGUUCUCUACCUUGGUGUAAUAGAUAUAUUGCAAGAAUACAACCUGAAAAAGAAAACCGAGCAUAAAUAUAAAUCUUUGCAGUUUGAUCCAUUGUCAAUAUCUGCCGUAGAACCCAAGGUUUAUUCAAAACGUUUCAUUAGCUUCCUUGAGAAGGUUUUCCCUUAA